ACAGGCCCUAGGGAUCAUCACACGUCAAGAGAUGUACAUCCUCUUUGGCGUUCCCCUUCUCCUUCUCAUGGCGUCACCAGCCAGCCAGGCGUUGAGGAUAUCGACGAUGACCCCCUUUUUCAGCCGUCAAGUCUCGGAAAGAGCCGCCGGCUUGAGCAAGAUUCACUUGGCACCUAAGUCUAGCACUGCUGUGUGUGCGACAGACACAAGCUCUCUCCCCAUCUCUUCCCGACUCCUCGACAUCAGCUCCAUUACGUCCGCCCCAACAACCUGGGAUGAGCAAGGAGCGGCUGGGUUCAUACCUCCUCCCAUAGCAGUAGUGGGACUGUUGGCGCGAGUAGGACCUGGAGGAUUCGGAGGGACGGGCCCGCCUUUGAAAUUCGACGAGGUCAUGCAGGCUAUCGACGACACAUACGACUACACGCCUAAGCCCUUCAAAAAUGGGGACGUAACGAACCCUGCAGGAACUAAUGCGGGCUCCUGCAAGCUCCUCUCCCUCGGCAUCCUUCACGGCUUACCACCCGCUUCGUUGCUCGCCCUUUUCGGUACGUUGUCGUUCACAUUUGAGUACAUGCGGCCUUGUCAAGUCAUUCACUGA